GGGGAAGGCGGGGCCCUAACCGCACGUCCUACUGCCGAAACCCCCUCUGCGAGCCCGGGGCCGCUGGCGGCUCCGGCCAUUCCACGAGUUCCUCGGUCACGGGUGUGCGCUCACGCACCAGCCACCGGCAUUGUAAGUUCCCCGCCCUGCCUAUGGAGAGGAGCGUGCUCUUUGAACUCCAGCUCUUCUUCUGCCACCUCAUCGCCCUGUUUGUCCACUACAUCAACAUCUACAAAACCGUGUGGUGGUACCCGCCCUCCCACCCGCCUUCGCACACGUCUUUGAACUUUCACCUGAUUGACUUCAACGUGCUGACGGUGACAACAAUCGUCCUGGCACGCCGGCUGAUCGGUGCUAUUGUGAAGGAGGCGUCACAGAGCGGCAAAGUCUCGCUGCCGCGCUCUGUUUUCUUGGUGAUCACUCGGUUUGCUGUUCUCACCGGCACAGGCUGGAGUUUGUGUCGGUCGAUAAUUCACCUGUUCAGAACCUACUCCUUCCUGAACCUCCUGUUCCUCUGUUACCCGUUUGGCAUGUACAUUCCCUUCCUCCAGCUGAACUGUGACUUUCGGAAGACGAGCCUCUUCUCCCAGGUGGCCAACAUCGGUCCCAGAGAGACCGGCGAGGUGAACUCGCGGGGCCGGGACUACCUGACCGUCCUAAAGGAGACCUGGAAGCAGCACACGCGGCAGAUGUACGGCAUGGAGGCCAUGCCCACGCACGCCUGCUGCCUCUCCCCGGAUCUCAUCCGCAACGAGGUGGAGUACCUGAAAAUGGACUUUAACUGGCGGAUGAAGGAGGUGCUGGUGAGCUCCAUGCUCAGUGCCUACUACGUGGCCUUCGUGCCGGUCUGGUUCGUGAAGAACACGCAGUACUACGACAAGCGCUGGUCGUGUGAGCUCUUCCUCCUGGUGUCCAUCAGCACGUCCGUCAUCCUGAUGCAGUACCUGCUGCCCGCCCGCUACUGCAAAAAAAAACUGGGCUGCUGGCAGAAGGUCGACCCGGCGCUCUGCUCCAACGUGCUGCAGCACCAGUAA